AUGAUGUGUUCUUCACGCAAAGUGGCUGACAGACGACCCUCAAAGAGGCUAAAAUGUGAAAAAAGGAGUCUAGUAAAAUCAGAACUAGAAGGACUUACAUGUGGAAGUGAAAACCUUGCUGCCUUGGGGGAAACGCCUAAAACAUCUGAAGGGGAUCUAUGUUCAGAAGGUCUAGGAGGCUGCGGUAUAAUUCAGCAGAAAAAAGGUGAAAGCAUUUCAGAGACUAAUGAAGACAAACAGGAGGAGGAACGUAGUAUUUCUCUCAAACCACACGCAGUGAAAUCGAGCAGCGCUCCAUCAGAAACGGACGGUGAUAAAAACGCGCACAGUGAAGUCAGCAGUGAGGAGGAGAGCAGCUGUGAGAGUGUGCUUUCAGGUGGGUCUAGCGUGGAGGAUCUCCCGAGGAAGAGGAUACAGCUAGACAAUAGCGCUUUCUUGGAUGAAGACAGCAACCAGCCGAUGCCAGUGGAUCGCUUCUUUGGAGAUGUCCAGUUCAUACAGGAUCUCCCACCAGUUGCACUCCCAAGCACAAUGAUGAGCAGGCGAGAAUUCAGAAAGCUGCAUUUCAUUGCAAAGGAAGAUGAGGAGGAGGAAGAGGAUGUUGUCUAACAACAAACUGUAAACAAGUUAAACCUUUUUUUUUUCUUUGCAACCACGUAUGAUGGUUGGCUGUGGCACUAACAGAAGGUGUCUGUGUUUGCCUUUUCUCAGAACCAGUAGAGUUUGUUUUUCUGCAACUGGGAGAUAGAGUUUUCCCCCACAGUUAUCUGGAGCAAAGACUGACUGAAUUUUCAGUGAUUUGGAAAUAAAUUGUAGUUUAUAGUUUUACCACUUAUAUUUAGGAAGAAAACAGGGAAAAUAGAAGUUCUUACUGCCUUUUUUAUAAAUUUGAGCCCAUAUCUGGAGUGAACACUUUGUGUCCUUUUUUUUUUUUUUCUUAAAUAGCCAAGACAAGCAUUUUAAGAGCAAAGUCCUUUCAAUUCUGUGAUGGCAGCCACUGUGGCACCCAGAUAGUAAUGCAGCCAGUUGUCCACCCAGCCCCUACCCCAUCACUUGUGUCACUUUGUUUGCAUCUCAAGCAGAAACAAUUACACCUCUGCAAUGCAGCUCUGCUGGCAAAGCCAAGCACGUGGAUGUCAGUGUGGGUUCAGCGGUGUCAAUCUCUGAAGUUAAAUACAUUUUUAUUGCACGUCAGUUCUCUGAACCACCCCCACCACGUGAAGCUGACUGCUUCCCGCUUCCCCCAGGCCUGCCAGGAGCUCUGCCUGUUCUAACAGUUGUGUAACACAGCUCAUGCAGUAUUUUCAAUUAACUGCCAAGAGUUAGGAAUAGGAAACUUGUAAACAAAUACACUGGUGGUGAUAAAGGAGGAAUAAAAUCUCUCUGCAGGACUCAGUACACGAACGAGUACUGAUGGCUGAGGAUACGGGAUAGUCCACCCAAUCUGUUAUUUUGGCCUUCAUUUUUAGAAAAUAAUGAGCAACCUCUGGUGGUUUCAGGAACUGUUAACUCACCCAAUGUUUAUAAUACUUCUUUGAAAGUGUGAUUAUGCAAUAAGCUUCCACAUCUUUAUUGUUGAAAAUAGUUUCUUCUACGUUUCUAAAAAUAUAAAAUGUUAUCAGCAGACGGUUUAAAUAAAUAUUAAUUUCUACAGCUAUAGCCUGUUAAACACUCAAAAGUUGUAAGCCAAACAAAUUGCAUAUGCAUGACAUGUUAAUUUAUUCACAUUUCCACUCCAGCUGAUGCAUUGUUUCUGUCAACGAUAUUUCUUGGCUCCUUUUCACUCUAAUUCUGUAACACAGAAAAAUCUAAUUUUUUAAUAGCAUAUUCAUGGUUUUCAGCACAACUCCAUCUUGAAGUAGCUCUCCCAGCUUUCCUCAAAUGCCGUAUUUGCUACCGUCUCUUUCUAGCAAACGUCUUCACACACACUCACUUUAGUUUCAGCACUGUGUAAAACGGGGAUUUUCAGUUGGCAGGAAGCAGGCCGUACAGACGACAUCGUGUUUGUCAUCAGAAGCCGAGCUGCGAUGCUUCCCCUGAUGUCUAAGCAGCACGGAGCACGUUUCCAUCCUGGCUCCUGCUGGGGGUGUUCAGCCAGGCAGCUGCAAGGAUCGAUUCCGUGCACUGGUACUCAGAACCCCGUGUUAAAAUGCGCCAGCUUACUUUUCCUAUUGAAGCGUCUGGGAGGGGGACUGAGUUUGUUUAGAAGUGAAUUAACACUCUCCGUAGCAAAGCUCCUGCAUUUCUAAGACUGCUCAGUUGUGGCUCACACAGCAACGCUGCCUUAGUGCAGUUCUGUGGGGACUGCCUGGAUUUGCCCCCGUAGGAGCCCCAGUGACAGCAGGGGUGACAAGAGCUCUUCCCUCCAGGUGAAGUUAUUGAGAGCAGUAACUGGUGCUCCAUCCGCAGACACAGCUCCCUGCGCUCAGUCUUUCCAGUUUGUACUGGCCACACUGUCUUUACACCUGAUUAACUACUCCUGUGCCUCUGCCUCCACAUACAUACACAGAAAGAUGGUGGCAAUUUUUUUAUUUAAAAAAAAAAACCUGGCCUUGUUCACACUGACAGUCCCCUAAAAGUUCAGCUGGUAUUUUAAAAACAAAAUUCAAGUAAAAAUUGAUUUAUUUGUAUUUUGUUACCUGAGGUAGAAGUGUUUUGCAAAAGCAAUAUCCUCUAAAGCACCAGGUAAACAUGAUUUUUAUACAGUAAUGUUGCUUGUACUGCUUCAAGCAAAAGAGGCAGAGACUUUGAAAGGAAAGAAAUCAAUGGGAAAGAUGACAAAGAAUAAGGUGGCAAAAGCAAAGCUAUGCUGUGGCCUUGCUCCUCUAAGAGACGAGCAGCAGGAGAGGGGCCGGGGCUGGGUGCAGGUAUUUUGGUACAGAAGAGCCAGCGGCUCUGCCCCUGAAUCGUCCUUUGGCACAGCCAAGAUACAGCCCUUGGCUCCCUGGAAAAGGCACAGAGCAGAAUUAUCCUGAAGUAUUCUUCCUUUGGCUUCAUAUUCAGAGAAAUACAAAUCUACAAGUCCCCCCAGAGGAGCUUCUAAGAAGUCUUUGGUCUAAGUUUUGUUGCUGUGCACGGUGGUUUUGGGCCUACGUUUGUCAUGGCAAGGAGGAUGGGAGGGCAUCAUCCCUGGCAGCCUCUGGCCUCGUGUUUACACUCUCACAGCUGUACUUCAUGGCAGUGUGAUCUAAGGAAGGCUCGUAGUCAGAAGGCAGGAGAGCAGAAUUAGGCGUGAUAGGAACAUACAUGUGAGAGUGCAGCUGAUUUACUUGCAAGCCUCUUUUGCCAGGGACUCCUAAAUAAGUUUGUCUAAGAAACCAGAGCUAUUUAAAAAUGAUACCCUGUGACGUGACUUCAAAA